UCUCACCGGAGAGAAGUCUAGCUAGAUCUCUCCUCUCUCUUCUCUUAUUCUACAUCGAAGUUUGGUUCGUCGCCGGCGGAAGGUCAAAAUCCUCUUCACCAACGUUACAAUGCCGUUUAAGACGGUGAUGGAAGUGGAGCCACCGAGUCUGAUACGUUACUUGAUCGGAUCGGCGGUGAUGAUGAUCGGCGUGGUAUUACCCGUUGGUUACAUGAUGUUCCGCAAUAAGCGCGUCCCCUCCUCGUCCUCUUACUCUAAACAGACAAACAAAGUUUUGAUAUAGAGAGAGACAGAGACUGCGGUUGAGUUCAACUAGAUUGAGAAGGAUGAUGCCUUAUCAACUGAUAUGGACGAUUGUGAGAUUAUGGGGAAUUCUUAUUUUUACAUGGUUGUAAGAGACUCUUAGAUAUGAGAUUCAUGAACCAAGAAAUGUGAGAUUCUUAUUUUUUACUCCGUUAAUGUUCUUGUUUGUUUCUUUGUUAGCUAUUCCAAAGUCUAUUAUGUAACACAGCGUCUUCUAUUUGGUAGAAACAUAAUAUAGAAUUGAGUUUCGUU